AUGAUUAAUAUGUUCUCUCUGCGUUCAAAUAAUAUCCGACAUCCAUUGCGGCCACCAUGUGAGUUUUCAUUCUGUCUAUAAUUCUGUUUGUUUGGAAAAAGUAACAGAUGUAAAUGUAUUUGGUGUUAAACCAGCACAAACUAUCUGUUUCUUCAUCACAGUGCCCCAUUCAAAUUACAUCAUAGUUACAUUUUGAAAUUCCAGGAUAAACAGAUAACAUUAUUUAAUGAUAGGACCAAUGCUUCCUAAAAAUAUGACUAAAAAUGGAACAUAAAGCUAACAGUGAUUGAGAAAUAUUGAUCUGUUCUGUGUGUGCAUAUUUCUAUCCCGUGUAGAUAAAUUUCCUCUCUAUUAAGAUUUUUAAACUGUUGCAACUAAUUAUCUAAUAGUUCUCUUUCUUGAAAAUUAUUGAUGAUCUUACUCUAGUCUUAAUUUAUUUGUGGUCAUUUAUCAUAUAUAUCAUAUUUAUGGUGACUUUUUGGAAAAUAUUUGAAACCAUUUUUAGGAGGAACACUUUGAAACAAGAAAACAUACCAAAUACCAAUUUUCUCUCUUUCCUUUUUAAAAAAAAAUUUAAAAAAAUCUAUUAAAUAAGCAUUGUUUUUUCAGUCAUGGUGCUUAGGACGUUAAUUUGCUUAUCACUAUAAUGAGAACUAUUAUUAUAUUUUAGAUGAAUUUAACAAGGGGUUCCACUGAGACUCCCCAAAACACCAAGAUGUCAUCAAUUACUAAGCACCCACAGGCAAAAGUCUUCAGAGAUUGUCAAUAAUGGAUCAUGAUCUGUGGAAGGGUUGUCUAUUGGUGGCCACAGCUGCAUUUGAAAUACCACUGUCGUAGAGUUUUGAGAUGGGGAAAGGAGUCCUGAGUUUUAUAACCUAUAAAUCAGAAAAUUAUUAUACCUGUUAUGUAAGGACUUACUACGAGAAGUGUGGAGCUGGUGAGGAGAUCCAAAGAUAGCUUUAUCAGAAAAAAGUAUGAGCCAAGAGAAAAGGAUAUGACAGAAAAAAGAUAUACUGUUUGAGAAUGGACUUGGAAAGACAAGAUAAGAACCUCUAAAGACCAGUGCCAACUAGACCAAAGUUGUGGAAAAAAUGGUUCAUUGUGAGAAAAACAUCAGAGAUGAAAAAACAUUUAGUAUAAAGUUGUAAACUUUUGAUUUGGUUACCCGUAGAUAAUUGAUUACCAUUAGUUAUGUAUCUUAAACUGCUACAAUAUCGUGCUAUUCUGUACAUUUAAAUCAUAUACACAUUUUUUUCUAUAAUUUUUUAGAUUGUAAGGUGUCAUGUCUGCAUGCAGUGAGACACCUUGAUCGGACUAUGACUGUAAAGAAUGAAUCAAUAGUUACAGAACUCAUACUUCUAGGCUUUGGAAAUCUCUUUGUCUUCAAAAUUAUAAUUUUCAUCAUAUUCCUUAUCAUUUUCUUAUUCACAGUAACCGGAAAUCUUUUGAUCAUUGUAUUAGUUUCCAUCAGCCAUCACCUUCAUUCUCCCAUGUACUUAUUCCUUUGUCAUCUAUCAUUGUCUGAUAUUGUGCUCUCAACGAAUGCUCUCCCCAACCUGCUGGGAGCAAUCUUACACGGUGGGAAAGUUAUGACAAUUCUUGGCUGUAUAACUCAAUUCUAUUUCUAUAGUGGCAUUAUUAUUACAGAAUGUUUCCUGCUUGCAGUGAUGGCCUAUGAUCGAUACCUGGCUAUAUGUGUCCCAUUGCAUUACAUCACUAUCAUGGACUUGACAAUGCGCACCUGUCUGUCUGUCUUUCCCUGGUUAAUAGGAUUUACCAUGAACCUAGUAGGUUUCAUGCCUUUAUCCCACUUUCAGUUCUGUGAUGGAAACAUCAUUGACCAUAUAUAUUGUGACAUUUCCCCUCUCCAAAAACUUUCCUGUUCAGACACGUCUCUGUUGGAAUUUUUAGCCUUUUUUUUUUCUGCUCCUGUUUUUAUUUGUCCUUGUGCUUUUAUCACAGUGACUUAUAUUCAUAUCUUCUUUAUGAUACUUAGGAUCUCUUCUACAACUGGAAGACAGAAAGCCUUUUCAACCUGCAGUUCCCACCUUCUCGUGGUGGGUGUAUUCUACGGAACAUUAAUAACAAAGUAUAUGAUACCAUCCUUAGGUCAUUUAUUGAUUUUGAACAAGAUUAUAUCAUUGCUGCAUACUGUGUUUACCCCCCUGUUUAACCCUUUAGUAUACAGUCUAAGAAACCAAGACAUCAG